AUUAACAAAAGAUCAAUACAAUACAAGCUUUCGUACUCUCUAAGUUUCCUUUUCCCCUCAUCUUCCCUUUGCUCAAUCUCUCUUCUUAGUAAUAUAGGAUCAUAUGUUAAUAUGGUAUCAUGGAGCCAGUCUUGCUGGCGCUGUGAUUCUUGACAUGAAUUUCUGCUGCUUCGAUUCGUAUCAGAUGGUGGUCAAGUUGUUCAAGAAUGUCAAAUUUGUGGAAAGAGGGGACACAUUGCUAUUGAUUGCAGAUAUAUGGGACAAGGCAACAUGGGUGGUUCUGUACAACGGAAAGAGUAACAACAAUGAAAUGUUUAGGAUUCUUAUGCAUGUGUUUCCUUCUCUGCUUACUUCACGUGUACCUUCUUCUACUGCAUUAUUAGGCAAAGUUGCUAAGCCUUCUCUCUGGCAUCAUAGAUUUGCGCACCCUUCAAAUGAAAUUUUGGAAGCAAUGUUGAAAGUCUCUAGUAUGUCAAGUUCUAGUGAUGUAAUUACUCACACUUGUUCUCAUUGUAUUACUGGAAAAAUGAGUAGGCUAGCCUUUUCUGAAAAGUUAGAUAGAGUUGAUAUACCAUUUCAUAAGGUUAAUACUGAUGUUUAGGGUCCUUCUCCAGUUGUAGCAGUUGAUAGAUUUAGAUACUAUGUGUCGUUUGUAGAUGAGGCCACAAGAUUUGUAUGGAUUUACCCUUUAAUAAAUAAAUAAGAAGUUUUUGGUGUAUUUGUGAGA